AUGGUGGAAAACGUUACAACUUUAGAGUUAAAUACUUAUUCAGAACCCCCGACAAUUAUUGCAGAGGACGAAGAUGGAAACACUUAUGUUGAAGUUUCGUCAGAAGAAAUGAAAAAACUUAAUCUUCUCUAUCGUAAGGGUUUCAGUAAUGCUGUAGAAACUCUUGUUCCUGCUGAACUAAAAGUUACUGGGGAACUUCCUUCAUGGCUUAACGGGGAAUUUUAUACGGUAGGUCCUGGUAUUUACGAUAUUAAAUACAACCGCAUGAUUGAAAGUGAAGGAGGAGGAUAUGAAAGUGCUACAGAAACAUUCUCAAUGGGUCAUUGGUUUGAUGGUUGGAUGGAAAAAAUAAUAAAAUCAAAUAUCGAUCAAGAAUUACCUGUAGAAAAUAUGAGACGAAAAUACGUGAUCAUCAUGGAAUCGUUACAAAACAUCCUUUUACAUUAUUCAAGACUCACUCAAACGCCUAUAGCAAAAUUUUUUGGGCAAAAACGCACAGAUAAACCUGAAAUGGAACCUUGUUCUAUUAAUAUUAGUACAAAUUUUCCAUUCUAUAAGUCUGGCGAAAAACCUAAAAUAUUUUGUCAGAAUCACGCAAGUCAAGUGGUGGAACUUGAAGCAUAUGAUCUUUCUCCUUCACGGGUUUAUUCUUGGGAUGAUAUAAAUCCUCUAUUUAGAGGUAAUCAUGCAUCUCCUCAUCCACAUUAUGAUGAGAAUACUGGAGAAUUAAUUAAUUUUAAUAUGGAAAUUCAAACAUUGGGAACAAAAUAUAAUUUCUUUUCCAUCUCGGAAAAUCAUCCAAGUGGAGAAUUUAUUACCAGCGUGUCUGCAAAAACUAGUUAUGUACAUAGCUUUGCUGUAACACCGAGAUUUAUAAUUUUGGUCGUGUUUCCUUUCUAUGGAAAAAAUGCCGGUAUUAACGUCAAAUGGUCGGAUAGCAUCUUAGAUUCACUUUCUUACAAUCCGGAGGAACCUACGCUAUUCUACGUUAUAUCAAGAGUAAAGAAACAACUCGUUGCCACUUAUAAGUCGGAUCCAUGCUUUGCAUUUCAUCAUAUUAACGCUUUUGAAGAUGAUGAUGAUAAUUUAUAUUUGGAUAUAGUAUGCUAUGAUAAUACAGACAUAUGUUAUGAUUUAUCACUUGACAAUUUAAGGAAUGGUUUAGUUGUUGGGCUUCCUUUAGCUGAAGUUCGUAGAUUCGUUUUACAAAAUGUUCAAAUUGAAUCAUUAAAAUUUUCAAAAAUGCCACAAGCAACACAACUGGAAACUCUACAAAAUACUGUAGUUAGUUUAUUCAGGAAUGCUUCACAUCAAUCGAUUAAUCCUUGGCCUAUUGCGAAUUACGUUCGUUGUGCAGAUUCUACUUUAGAACUACCAAGAAUCAAUCCCAAAUUUCAUGGUAAAAGAUAUCGUUACGUUUACGGAAUUGGUCUUUCAGCAAAAGCUGCUACUCAAGAAGGUCAGAUAUGGGAUGCACUUAUAAAAUGCGAUUUGGAUACUAAGGAGGUUGUUGCUAUGUGGGUAGUUGAAAAUUGUUAUCCUUCUGAACCUGUUUUUAUAUCAGCUCCCGGUAAUGAUAAUAAUGAAGAUGAUGGUAUAUUAUUAAGUGUUAUAUUUGAAGGUCAAGAUAUCAAGAGUUUUUUAGUGGUACUUGAUGCGAAAACCUUAUUGGAAAUAGCUCGUGUUGAUUUACCACAAGUAAUACCAUUAUCUUUCGGACAUGGCUCUUUUAAACAAAUAAUUUAA